AUGUUGAGGGAGCUGCACAAACAGCGGGCCGGUGUGACGUCGCCUCUCAAGAGCCAACAAGGGGCAGUGAGCAAGAAAAGUGGGGCUGGCCGGAAGGGUUCGGCAACGUGGGGCAGUUCGGACCUAAUUGUGGCCCCCCGCCCAUCUUGGGUGCCCGAUAAAAAUGCCACCGAUUGCUACCUCUGUGCCGCUUCCUUCUCCAUCAUGAACCGACGGUGUACACGAUUCAGGAAGGGUCUGCCAGAGAUGGGCUACUCAGCCUCCAAUCAGCUUCGGGUGUGUUUCACCUGCUACGCGCUCCCCGUCACCGACUCCAUCGCUGCCGCCGCCAAGAGGAAGAGGGAUGCCGGGGACAGCGGCCAGAGUCUCUACACCAGCACAGCGCGCCAACGCCCCUCGCAACGAGAGGCAACCAGUGCAACGAGCAGCAUCAUCAACAACACCAGGAACACACGACGCCCGAACAGCCAGGAAAAGAGGAAAGAGGGAAGCACGUGA